AUGACCGUUUACAAGUCCCCCGUUGCCGACCAGGUUAUCCCCCAGAUCAACUCCUUCUCCUUCGCCAUCUCAAACCCAAACAACACCCCAGAUUCUCACCCCAUCCUCACCGACGCCAUCACAAAGCGUGUCAUCACCUACGGCGACUGGAAGCGCACCACCCGUCGCUGGGCUACCGGUCUCCAAUCCAUCGGCUUCAAGCGCGGCGAUGUCGUCGCCCUCUUCUCCUUCAACCAGGUCGAUUACUCCAUCACCAUGUUCGGUCCCAUCUUGCUCGGAGGUGUCACCACCACUGUCAACUCGGCCUACACCGUCGACGAGCUCGCCUACCAGCUCGAGGAUUCCGGCGCCUCUGUCAUCGUCACCCACCCUGAGUUGCUUCCUGUUGCCAUUGCUGGGGCUAAGAAGGUCGGCCUUCCUGCUAACAGGAUUUUUUUGUAUGGCGAUAAGGCCGUUGAUGGAUUCCAGCCCUACAGCGCGACCUUCCCUCCUGAAUCGACCCCCGAUCAUCUUUUGGCUCAGCCUGUGAACUUGAACGGCCAGGCAGCUGCAGAGACCACGGCUUUGAUCUGUUAUUCCUCGGGAACUACUGGAAAGAGCAAGGGCGUUGAGUUGACCCAUGUCAACUUCAACUCCAACACUUGCCAGGUCUCGCCUCUGGAGGGUAACGUUGAUCAUGGAGAGAACAUUGCCAUGGCUGUCCUUCCUAUGUACCACAUUUACGGCAUCCAGCUUCACCUCAUGUAUGGUGUCUACAACGGUGUUCGCACUAUCGUCAUCCAAAAGUUCGACCCCGUUGGCUUCCUCAAGGCCAUUCAGGAGUUCAAGAUUAUCUCGCUGAACUUGGUUCCUCCUCAGAUCUUGAUGUUGGUCAAGGCCCCCAUUGUCGACCAGUACGACCUCAGCUCAGUUCGCUUCGUCAUGUCCGGCGCCGCCCCUUGCUCGGCCGACCUCAGCCGUGCGCUCAUGCAGAAGUUCCCCCUAGUCCAGUUCCGUCAGGGAUACGGCAUGUCCGAGAUGUCCCCCGCUUCCCAUGUCGGUCUCUACCACAUCCCCAUCCAUGGUUCGAUCGGCCGCGUGAUGCCCAACCAGGAGGUCCGUUUGGUCGACCCCGAGUCUGGCAAGGAUGUCGCCCGUGGCGAGCCUGGUGAGAUCUGGGUCCGUGGACCCAACGUCAUGAAGGGAUAUCGUAACAACGUCAAGGCGACCAAGGAUACCAUUGACCCCGAGGGAUGGUUGCACACCGGAGAUAUCGCCAUUGUUGACAAGGAGGAGAACUUUUUCAUUGUCGACCGUCUAAAGGAGUUGAUCAAGUACAAGGGAUUCCAGGUCGCCCCCGCCGAGUUGGAGGCACUGUUGAUUGCCCAUCCCGCUAUUCUGGAUGCUGCUGUCAUUGGAAUCGACAACAAGGAGCAGGCGACUGAGGUUCCUCUGGCCUUUGUUGUCAAGGCCCCCGGUCAGGAGAACUUGUCGGAGAAGGAUGUCGCUGACUAUGUUGCCUCCAAGGUUGCUGCCCACAAGAAGCUCCGUGGCGGUGUCCGCUUCAUUGAGGUUGUCCCCAAGUCUGCAGCCGGCAAAAUUCUCCGCAAAGAUCUCCGUGUCCUUGUCCAGAAGCCUGUCCAGGCCAAGCUGUAA